GAAUGCUUUAUUUACAGCGAUCCAUGGACGACUCACGCGCAUCUCACGACGAGCACGUUUACAUUCAGCAAUUCCACGUCCCACCAGCCACUGAGCAAUACCCUCCGUCGGACAGGAUGGCGCAGACAAACUUGCCGCCGUCUGGCUUGACUUUCAAUGCUAACUAGUCCAAUGCCAACUCCUGCCACCUGGGCCGAUCAGCAGCUAGUCUACGGCAUCGCGCUCGACCUGCAGACCCCGUCCAUAGACUAUGCAAACCCUUCCACGUCUGACUGGAACGGCUCUUUGCCACAGAUAGCCGCAUCAUCUUCUACAACACCAGAGCUCGCUGCGCCGAAUCUCCCAGGCCGCGCUACGGCGGCAAUGCCCUCCUUUGACGCGUCAAUGUCACUAUCUCCUCCGCAAAUACUCAUGGGUAACAGCACAGCUUUUCCAAUUACGGCGCGAUUGCGCGACCGGAGCGCCAAACAGACUCCGAGCGAUCGUGAAAAAGCGCAGCGGUCGUCUUCCGUUGGCGACCGACAAAGUGUUUAUGGCUUACGCAGCAUUCAGAGCGCCGACAACAUGUCGACGCCGCGCCAAUCUCUUCCGCAACGUCCGAAGAGUAGUGGAGGUCCCGCGCGUCCUUCUUCGGCAAGCAAGCGAAACCACGAUCGCGAUGAUGAGCGCACGGGCAGUGUAUCUGACGAAGGUAGCGAAGAGGAUGAGAAACUCAAGAUCAGUCGGGAGCGCAAUCGCAUAGCAGCGGCCAAAACCCGUCGCAAGAAGAAGCGCUCCGCCAAAGAGAUUGAGGAUCGCGCUCGGGAGAUCGAGCAGACUAACACUCUUCUCCAUCACGAGGUCCGCGUCCUUCGAGAUGAAUUCUCGACCCUCCGAUAUUGCGCCCUGUCGCACGAUCCCACGGCAGGCUGUAAGUGCACACCUCUCCAUCGUUACAACGAGCACAAGGCCAAGGAAAUCGCGGAAGAAGUUGCGAAGGGCAUUUGA